AGGGGUGUUUGGAGCAGUUUCUAGCCGCAGUGUCGAGCGCUGCCUUGCCGCGGUGGGAGGGACACCGUCCGUGUCCAAACCAGGAAGCGCGGUCAGGGCGCAGGAAGACGCGUUUCGGCCCCCUCCGACGGUGCCGGAUAAGCAGGGAGUCAGUCCCCAGCUGAGUUUGUAGGAACCGACAUGGACUUCAACGUCAAAAGGCUGGCGGCUGACGCCGGCACUUUCUUCAGUCGGGCUGUGCAGUACACUGAGGAAAAGCUUGGGCAGGCUGAGAAAACAGAAUUAGACGCCCAUCUGGAGAACCUCCUCACCCGAGCAGAAUGUACCAAGCAUUGGACGGAGAAGAUCAUGAAGCAGACAGAGGUCCUGCUGCAGCCAAACCCAAAUGUAAGAAUAGAGGAAUUUCUGUACGAGAAGCUGGAGAAGAAAGCCCCGUCCCGAAUGAACAACCACGAGCAACUGGGCCAGACUAUGGAAGACUCCGGUAGCGAGUUUGGGCCAGGCACUGCUUAUGGAAAUGCGCUUAUUAAAUGCGGAGAGACCCAGAAGCACAUCGGCAGCGCAGAGCGUGAGUUCAUCCAGAGCUCGGCCAUCAACUUCCUCACGCCCUUCAAGAACUUCUUGGAAGGAGAUUUCAAGACCAUUUUAAAAGAACGCAAACUGCUGCAGAACAAGCGCCUCGACCUGGAUGCUGCGAAAACUCGGCUGAAGAAGGCCAGGAUGACGGACGCCAGAGCUGCAACGUGCGUGGAUGAAGCCACCAAGGCGGAACAGGAGCUGCGCAUGACACAGAGCGAGUUUGACCGGCAGGCAGAGAUCACCCGGCUCCUGCUGGAGGGGGUCAGCAGCACCCAUGCACACCACCUGCGCUGCUUAAAUGACUUUGUGGAAGCCCAGACCACGUACUACGCCCAGUGCUACCAGUACAUGGUGGACCUUCAGAAGCAGCUGGGCAGCUUCCCCACCACCUUCACCUCCGCCUCCAGUGCUCCCCAGCCGGCCAACAGUGGCAGUGGCGCCUGCAGUGGCACCACAUCCCCCAGCAUCUCCGUGCCCACCGUGCAGGCCUCAUUGCCCCCACCUGCCCCCGCGUCUGGCCUGGGCUCACCCAGCUUCAGCGGCACCCGCCGGGCACGCGUGCUCUACGACUACGAUGCAGCUGGCAGUAGCGAGCUCUCCCUGCUGGCCGAUGAGGUCAUCACUGUGCGGAGUUUCCCGGGGAUGGACUCGGACUGGCUGAUGGGGGAGCGAGGAAACCAGAAGGGGAAGGUGCCCAUCACCUAUCUGGAGCUGCUCAACUGAGCCCCUGGUGUGACUUUUUGGGGGGAGGGGGGAUUAGGGGGAGGGGCCUGUUUGGCUGUGAGGUAAUAUUUAUACUGGAUAUCCAAGUGGGGUUUAGCCAAGUGGCAUCUUCAGCUUCGCCUCAGUGUCUUAGGCCACCUCUGCUGCUGGGGCAAAUGGCUUCAGUAUUGGAGACGGCCAUUAUCUGCCGAAUUGUUUCCCGAACAUUUAAUUAGUUUUAAUCCUCUGUUUACAUGUCGCCUGACUAACUCAGUGGCCAUUCUCCGCCAUGUCUAAAUGCCUUCUUCCAGUUUGCCAAGUGUUCCUUCUGACUCCUCUUCAGGACGGCGACUUUUGCAUUGUUUUUAAACUUUUUUAAAUAUCUGCAAAAAAAAAAGAAGCACUUGAACAUUGACUGAAAUGUUGUAAAUCAAUUAUCUCUUAUGCAGUACUAUAGAUACUUUCAUACACACAUGGCCCUUAGACAGCGAGCGUGCUGAUCAAAUCAUGCUACAUUCAGGGUGUUUCUCAGUUUAAAAUGGCAUUUUACAGUGGUGGACUUGAUGCACUCCUCAGAUAUGUCAUGGUUUGACAACUGACAAUAGCGUUGGCUGAGUGUGAGCGCGGCUUGUUCCACACACCCUCCUGAAUGCCUGGAAAAGUGCCACAGCUUCCCUUCACCCUAUAGCCUUAGCGAUUAGGAUCAGCCGCCUUAAAAGCAGAAAGAUUGUGCUGCCCAUGGUGCAUGGAAGAGGGUGGCGUUGUCUUCACGGUUUUGAAAGCAGCCUAUCGUUAACAGUGCCUUAAAGACAUACAAUGCGAAAGUGCAUAUCAGUGGCUCCACCGGGGUGUAGAAGGUGCUGCCUAUCUGCUUCUUGUCGUUUGUCCAGUUAGACAUGUAAAGACCAUGUGCAUUUCAGAGUAUUAAAGAAUGUUUCAGCCUGUUUUAAUAA